AUGGACUUUCUGUCUCUGAUCUCCAAGUUCGUGCCUGAUGCCUCGGAACGUGUGGCACGCGGAGCCUUUCAAGCGGAAUCGAGCCUCAACCAAGCGCUAAACUGGGUCCCCCGCUUCACGACUUUGGCCAAUGAUAGUCUGGGCUUGUUUGAACUCGAUGUGAGUAUUUCUGUGCCGAUCUACACUAUCCUACAUUUCCACCAGCCCCAAGACUCAUACACCAUCACAAUGCGUACUUCCCUCCUCAUUGCCGCCCUGGCCACUGUCCUCGGCGCAACUGCCGAUUCCAGCAGCAGCUCAAUCAUCGGCUACUUCGUACCCGAAUGGGACGUAAAAGGCUUCUCUGACGGCGCCGGCGGAACAAGCACAGCAGCCAGUUUGGCAAACAUCAACGCCGCAGCAGCCACAUACCACGUUGGCUGUGUUCCCAACGCACCGAAAUCAGUCUGCAAUUACCCUUCAUCAAUAACCAUCGUCCAAGGUUCUGCGACGGUCAGCUUUACGGGUGUAUAUGUGGCUUCAUCUUCCGCCCCAUCGGGGAGUGGUUACGAUGUCACGGUCACAGAGUCAUAUGAAUGCAGUUUGAAAUCUUCAACGCAAUCGGCUAGUUGUACCAUGAGCGUCGGUAUGACUGGUACGGUAGAUGGGGCGAAAUGGACUUCUUCGACUUCCACAAAGGCAACCUAUACAACUGCCCCGAUUGCCGAGUCGUAUUAUCAGUUGACGGUCACCGCGGGAUUGAGUUCGUUUACGGCCCCGGAUGCAACAAAGACUCCUGGUAUGGCGGUUAGUGGGAUUGCGGGUUCGAUGAUUACGGCUGCUCCGGUUGUUGCUGCUGCGGUGGCUGCUUGGCUGUGAUGAGAGGUUGGGAUCUGCCUGGAGGGUAUGGAUUAUAUCAACUUAGUAUAUCGUGGAAAUUGCAUUAGUUGGACAUGGAUUGGAUUGGAUGUACGUUUA